AUGUCUGCAUGUUUUGAUAUCUAUCUAUCUAUCUAUCUAUCUAUCUAUCUAUCUAUCUACAUACAAUUGCUACACUUAUAUGAAGUACAAUUCACUUCUUUUCUUUCUUUCUUUCUUUCUUUCUUUCUUUCUUUCUUUCUUUCUUUCUUUCUUUCUUUCUUUGACGAUCUCAUCUUUAUUUCUUUCUCUCUCACUUUCUUUUAUAUUCGCCCAUUCUAUUACAUCAAUUUUUGUCUAAACAUAUCUGUUUCUUAUUCUGUUCAUAUCUAUUUUGUCCUUUUCUCUCUCUCUCUCUCUCUCUCUCUCUCUCUUACUCUUUCGCCAUCUAUCUGUAUAUCUCUUUCUUACCGGCGUACAAAAUGGCUUCAUUACCCUCUCCCUUUGUCUUUCUCUCUCUCUCUCUCUCUUUAUCUAUCUAUCUAUCUAUCUGCAUCUCUCUCACUCAAUCUCUCUCUCUCUCUCUCUAUCUAUCUGUAUCUCUCUCUCUCACUCAAUCUCUCUCUCUCACUCUCUGCAUCAUACACACGCACUCUCAAUGACAUUAAGAUAAAUAUUUGCUCAAGUUUAAUUAACGCUAUCUAUCUAUCUAUCUAUCUAUCUAUCUAUCUAUCUAUCUAUCUAUCUAUCUAUUUCAAUUAA